GUGCCUUCCACGCUUACCUUCGGUACAUGUCUGCACAGGACAAGCAGAAGCGGCUGCCCAGCUAUGCGGUUCUAGACGAAGACGGAGUACAGCGCUACGCGCGCCUCACCGACCAGGGCGUCUAUAACCUCACCGCAUCGGAGCUUUUUUGGAGGGAUCGUCAACCGUAUCUCGACCAGCACGGCUACCUCCUCCGACCGCGGUAUGCGCCGAAUUGGGAGCCAUCAUGGAAAGGAACAUCACUAGAUCCUAUGUUCUGCGAAGACUCGAUAAUGCCUUUCAACCACCAGGUCAUCGACGCUCGACGAAAGUCUGACGGCAAGCUAGUAUCCGUAAAGAUGUUUCCUAACAAUAGCCAAGAGUCGCACAUAGCGCUCCUGCUUUCGUCUAUCAACGACUCUCAAAACCGUUGCAUCCCGGUUUACGAGGUGCUGCGGGACCCCUACCAACCGCAGACAUCGUUAAUGGUGAUGCCAUACCUUCGACCUUGCAACGACCCCGACUUCGUAACGGUUGGCGAUAUCAUUGAAUUUGUUGGUCAAACACUAGAGGGCCUUGUAUUCUUGCACAGACAACGAAUAGCUCAUCGAGAUGUCGCCAUCGAGAACAUCAUGAUGGACGGCUCACCUCUCUAUCCCGGCGGACACCACCCUGUUCGAACCGAGUACACCCCAGACGCCCUCUACGAGGUCAAGCCACUACCGAGGGCCGAGCGCUCAAUCAAAUACUACUACAUCGACUUUGGGUUAUCGUCGCUGAUCCCAGAAGGCUCGUCACCGUACGUGGUUGGCCGCGCGGGUCGGGAUAAGGAGGUUCCAGAGCUCUCCUCUACCGUCCCGUACGACGCCUUCAAAGUCGACAUCUAUGCCCUCGGGAAUAUGUACUAUCACGAGUUCGAGCAGAAAUAUAACAGCACUCAAUUCCUUGUCCCCCUACUCGAGAGGAUGCGACAACAGCGCCCGGAGGCGCGACCCACUGCCGCGGAACUCCUUCGCCAGUGGGAGGCCAUUCGCGCCGACCUUGCGCCCUCUCUGUACCGCUGGCGCUUAGGGCCUAAGACGGAGCCUGCGUUCGAACGUAUGGUGAACGAUACGGUCGCUGUGGCAUGGGAGGGGGUGUAUCGCCUGCGGAAGCUUGUUGGGUAGCUUCAUUAUACAUGUCGGUAUAUUCAGUUCUUGCAUGUCGGGUUGGUACGUGUACCGUUGCUAUCACGGGCUCUAUAUCAC